CAUCUCGCGGCAGUUCGCGGUCGCCUUCUAAAGCAAGCUCAUUAGUCGCUCAGAGCAGCAUCGGCACCGCGACAGAUUUUUUUUCUUACCCUUCUUUUUUCAUACACGUCCGUCAAUCGUUAAAAAUCUUUAAGAAAUCUAAUCGACUAAUCCCUUUUCCUAGUUGGUGUCACUACUUUUUUCUCACACAAACACACACGCACACACACAUAAACACAUUUUAUCUUUCACUUUUACCUUUAUUACACAUUAAUUUUCUUUCUCAAUUUUUCACACAUACAACCUCUUUCUAUGUCUCUUGGAACUUUUGUUUUUUCCCCAUUUUGUUCCCAUUUCUUUCAACACAUAUAUAUAUAUAAAUUAUUUUCUUCGUUCACGUAACCACCACGUUGUAUGGUUGUAACAAUACGUUGAUAAAGGGAAUGGUAAUAGAAAAAAAAAAAAAAAAAAUUAAGGAAAGUUACUUUGGAUCAUUGGAUUGGAUUGGCGUGCACGUGCGAGGUAGCUAACGAAGUACGGGGGAGCGUCGAACUCUGAACGCGCGUUACGAUUAAAGGAAAGCGUGCAGGGACCCGAGUCGAAUGUCACGGACUAGGUCGAUCUAAGUGUCGUGGCACUAAUAAAGAUCGGAAGAGUUUACGUAUGGAACGAUGUUAAAUCACGUACUGGCAUAAAUUUUCUCAACGUGAGCGAGAGGAUCGAGCCAUUUAUCUGAAUAGAAGAUUGUCCUUGUGAGGUGAGGUCAAAUUAUAGAAACAUAAAAGACGUAACAUAUAGACGAACGAAGACAGAAAGAUAGACAAAUGGAAAGACUCGAUUGUUUUCGAUUGGUCGUAAUAGAAAAAAAAUAACGAGUGAAGAAGAAAAAAGAAAAAGAAGAAGAGGAAGAAGAGGAAGAAGAGGAAGAGGAAGAAGGAAGAGUAAGAGGAGGUUAAAGUUGUAAAACUUUCUCGUAGUAGAAAAAAAGAGUAGAACGUGCUUUCGGGCAAGCUCUGUGUGGGCGUCGAGGUGAACGUAGGUCAUCGACACGACGUCGAUGAAGAUCUGAGGAAUAAUUGGAAGAGGACAUUGGUAACCAAAUAGAAGAUCGGGUAGUAGUACCUAGUAAGAAAGGUCUUCUGUUUCAUUUUUUUUUUUUUUUUUUUUUUUGUUUUUUUUCUUUGGUUAGUUGAUCGUUAUUGUUGUUGUUACUGCUAUUGUUGUUGUUGUUGUUGUUGUUAUUAUUGUUGUUGUUGUUGUUGUUAUCGUCGUCGUCGUCGUCGUCGUCGUCGUCGUCGUCGUCGUCAUCGUUGUCGUCGUCGUCGUCGGCCGAUGAUCAACGUCGAGACACCGACGUUCCGACAUUAUACACUCAAGUUCCCGAUGCUGCAGCCACCCUCUCCGCUUUUGGAGAUGGCGUCCCUGCGUUUACCGGACUCGGAGGAGUUCGACGUCGACACGCGUCGUAGGAGCAACAACGGCAACAUGCUACCUACGACGAUAGCUACUACUCCACCAGUUACCGGUACAUUUCAACAGAUCAAGAAUGAUGUUGGUGAUUAUUUAAAUAAUUUAUUGGUCGAGGCCAUUACCAUUAGCCCUAACCGUGAUAUUGGAGCACCCUCUAUCGAGGAUGAACAAACUGGACUUUUCAACGCUAGUAAAACGGAAAAUAAUUCGACGAUCGAGCAAUUACCUGAUCGACUCUACAGGCAUACCAUGGCCAUGUCAGCGGUUUAUUGCGUGGCCUAUGUUCUCGUAUUUGUCGUUGGUCUUAUCGGGAACAGUUUCGUAAUAGCUGUCGUUUACCGUUCACCAAGGAUGAGGACCGUCACCAAUUUCUUCAUCGUCAAUCUCGCUGUCGCUGAUGUAUUGGUCAUCGUAUUUUGCUUACCGGCAACACUGAUGAGCAACAUAUUUGUCCCUUGGAUCCUGGGAUGGUUCAUGUGUAAAGCGGUUGCUUAUAUACAGGGUGUAUCGGUUGCAGCUUCGGUUUACAGUCUCGUAGCAGUUUCACUCGACAGGUUCCUGGCAAUUUGGUGGCCACUAAAAUGUCAGAUAACAAAACGACGGGCCAGGAUGAUGAUCGUUGUGAUCUGGUUCAUCGCAUUGACGAUAACAUCGCCUUGGUUGGUGUAUUUCAACUUAGUAUCGAUUUACGAAGAUGAUCCAGAUUUGAGGUUAUGUUUGGAGACAUGGCCACGUCCCGAGGAUGGUUCCCUCUUCUUUUUGAUUGGAAAUUUGACUCUAUGUUAUGUAUUACCGAUGAUCCUGAUAUCACUUUGUUACAUAUUGAUCUGGAUAAAAGUUUGGCGUAGGCAUAUACCAACCGACACGAAGGACGCCCAAAUGGAACGGAUACAGCAAAAGUCAAAGGUGAAAGUGGUGAAGAUGUUGGUGGUCGUCGUUAUCCUAUUCGUCCUAUCAUGGCUACCUCUUUACGUAAUAUUCGCAGUAAUAAAAUUAGGCGGUGAUGUUGCCGGUCAAGAAGAUGAGAUAUUACCUAUAGCAACACCAAUAGCUCAAUGGCUCGGUGCAAGCAAUUCCUGUAUCAAUCCGAUCCUUUAUGCAUUUUUCAACAAGAAAUAUAGACGUGGCUUCGUCGCGAUAUUAAAAAGCGGCCGUUGCUGCGGUAAAUUAAGAUAUUACGAAACUGUAGCAAUGAUGUCCUCGUCAACGAGCAUGAGAAAGUCAUCCUAUUAUGUUAACAAUAACAACAAUAACAAUAAUAAUUCGUCAACGAGACGUGCCCCUUGUCAUGGACCACCUGUUCAUCAGGAUAGCAAUGUUUCUUAUAUAUUCAAUCACACUGGUGUUUAAGAAUGAAAUUAAAAAAAAAAGAAAAAGAAAACAAUGAAAAAGGAAAAAGAAAUAAGAUGUCUAGAUUGAUAACGGGACGACCAUUUUGCAUCAUGUUCUGCAUCACUCAGAGAAAGAGAGAGGGAAAGCAAGAGAGGAAAGAGGAAAGAGGAAAGAGGAAAGAGUAUGAGAUAGAAAUAGAUAUAUCCUGACACGGUCGAUCAGAAGGGAAUCGAAUAAAUCGAAGAAGGUGGAGAUGGAGGUGGAGGUGAAGGUGGAGGUGGAGGUGGAGGUGGAGGCGGAGGUGGAGGCGGAAGCGGAGGUGGAGAUGGAGGUGGAAUUAAAGGAAUAGGUGAAAGUAUAUAAAGGUUGCUGCUUUUAGUCCAACGACUUGGUGUAUUAGACUUGAUCAGGUCUCUAGACUCUGAGACCUGAGCGCCGAGGAUCACUCAUGGAUUUUUUUUCUUUUCUUUUUUUUUUUCUCUCUCUAUUAUCACAACGGAGAGCGCCGACACCGAGAUUCUGGGUCAUCCCAAUGAUGAUCGUCACGAUUGUUACUCGGGUCGGAAGUCGAUGAUGAUAAGUAGAAGAAGAAGAUGAUACGAAGAAAAUAUAAAAAUAAAUGAAAAGGGCACGUUCAGUUAAUUCGACGAUACGAAUAUCUUACUAUUGACUCGUUACAUCAACUCGAGUAUAUUUAUCGAGGAUAAAGAAAAAAUAAAUGGAUGGAUGGAUGGAUGGAUGGAUGGAUGAAUGGAUGGAUGGAUGAAUGAUGGAUGGAUGGAUGGAUGAUGGAUGAUGGAUAAUAUAGAAUUAGAUCCAUCGACGAAAGAACAAUACUCCGGACACGGUUUACGAAUAAACGAAGAUUUUUCACGUCCUUGCUAAUUAUCGGGGAUAUUUGCUGAUUAAUUUUUUUGAAACAAUGAUAUAUAUAUAU